GCGCACGACCUGGAGAUCCCACCAGAGUUAGUGCCCCAUCUGGACAUGAUAGAAGACAACGCCUCUAGGACACUGUAUGCUGUUUACUCGGGAAAGACAGGGCACAGUAAAGACAAAGGGCUCAAGGACAUCGGCAUAGAAGUAACGAAGUUAUCCAUUGGACGACUUGUUCAUACCAUCCUCAGUCACAUGGAGCGAUACGUCAGCGAGAACUGCAUGGUCAAGCUGUACUUAUUCUCCGGACACGACACUUCUCUGACGCCCAUGAUGGAAGCUUUGGGCAUUUGGGACUUCGUGUGGCCACCAUUUGCUGCCAACAUCAUAUUUGAACUUUACUUUCGAGAGCGGGAUUCCCACUACUUUGUCCGGGUCUUAUAUUGUGGGCAG